AUGGAGACUGGCACUGCACGCUUGGCUCCAGGUAGCGCUUUCGACAAAAUGAUUCUAAAUCGAAAGAAUACUGGCGAAGGAACGAGAGGCAAAGAGAGUGACAGUGUUGUGAAUGCUGCAAAAAAUGUGGACACCACUCGGUUGAUGGGUAGACGUGGGAAAUUUACACGCUCUUUGAAAAAAGCAAAGCGAUUUUUGGAUGUGGGCUUUGGAUCGCCGUCCAUCCGUGCCGGCGACGAUAAUACCAAAGAGUGCCCGCAAGAAUUGAAUCAUACAGGAUUUCUGUCGCUGCUGAGUCGAAACCACCUAAAUUCAACGCGCGGAUGGCUCUCUAUCCGGUCUAAACCCGCUUCUGAUGAGAAAGAAAAUACUGCGUCUGAACCGCAUGGCCUUGAAAAGAAAGAUGACAGUGGUCCUCGAGACCUGAAAUCCAAAAAUGUCCCAAGCGUCUUGGCGGAAAAAGAGCUCGAUAUUUUCAAUUACUUAUCCCCAGAAGAAGUAGAAAAAGGCGAGUUAUUCAUGACUCUCGGAAGUCCAGCAUGCGGUCCAUUCGAUAAAAACUUGAAAACGCUAUAUCUCGUUGCAAUGCGUGAAUCAAUCGAACAAAAUGGGAAGUUGAUAAACGAUCUGAAAAGUCAGCUAGAGGACCGCCAAAAAUCGUUUCAUUACGGUGACCAUAUCGCUUUCCUCAAGCAUCUACAAAGCCUUCUUCAAUACGAGACUGGAUUUUUGCAAGAGAUUUAUUAUCGAUACGAUCUGUUACUCCAGGAGAAUGACUCGUUGCGCGAAAUUUUGAUCAGCAGGAAGAAUACAGGCAUUUUAAAAUUAAAUGAACGUUGA